GCAGACUUGGUCAGUGUCCAGUGGGCAGUCGCAAAUUCCGGCUGCACAAUUUCUCCGCUUCCUACCUACUUUCCUACACUCAAACGGAGGAAUCAAGGGUCUUUUGGGUUGCCACGUCUCUGGUCUUCAAUGCUAUGGCCGACACCAGCCUGAGCACUGGUGCUGUUAAGAGGUUUCCUGGAAUACCUAAAGGCACAGCUUGCGUCGAAUGCAGAAAGCAGAAGGUAAAGUGCGAGCGUCGACCGGGCCAGCAGCAGCCCUGUCGGAGAUGCCAACGCGCUGGAAUGGUAUGUCGGGUCAAACGGCUUGUCGAUGCCUCUAAUAGCCCGGACGUGAAAUGGCGAAACGAGGUCAAUCAGAGGAUGAUGCAAUUUCAAGCCGCUUUGACCGACGUUUUACAACAACAUUCAUUACCACCUCUUUCGACCUACGGUGGCGAUAGCAUUGCCUUUCCAACUGCGGGAACAUCGGUCGAUAGCCGCUCGCAGUCGCAUGCAGCAGCAGGAGCUUCUUUCAGUGAGCCGCUACAGGGUCGAGAGAUAAUUUCAGAACCUAUGAGCAGCGUCCUAGAUGUGACCAGUUUGAGCAACCUGCACGAACACGACCCUCUGCCGCCCGAAAAUAUACAGAAUGACUUGAUCUCUCGAGGCCUGAUUCCAUUACAUAAGGCGACCGAAAUGUUCAACAUGUUCAAUGAGAAGAUGAAUCAGUAUCUGUGGGGGGGCAUUGCACUCGUCCAUACCGACCUGGCUUCAGCGCGACGGUCGUCAUCGCUCCUUUGUGCCGCCAUCCUCACGGUAGCCUGCCUUCAUUUGGCCGGGCAGGAGACCAUGUUUGACAGAUACUAUGGUGAAUUUGUGGCCCUGGUGGCGAAAACAAGUAUAUGCCUCCGAAACUCACUCGACGAUGUCCGAGCUUUUGUCAUUGGGUCCUUCUGGUUGUCAGACAUGAGUUGGAAACUAUCAGGCCUUGCAGUGCGAGUUUCAACAGAAUUGAACUUGCAUCAAAGCUUUCAGCAGGUUUCCCGUGGUGACAAUGGGAAGAUCGCACACGCAAGGUUGUGGUAUUUGGUUUACGUCUGUGACCACCACUUUAGCAUUGCAUACGGCAGACCGCCAAUGAUCCACGAAAGCUAUGCUAUCCGCAAUCACGAAACGUUCCUUGACUUGGGGAUCCAUACCCCGUCGGACUAUCGUAUCAUAAGCCAGGUUGCGUUGUUUAUAUGCUUGACUGAUGCUUACCACACAUUCGACAUCGAGACUAAUUCAGCUCUGAACGAGACAGACUUUGGUAAGCUGAGGAACUUUAACCUUCAGAUCGAAAACUGGCGAGUGCAGUGGCAACCUCGGCUAGCCCUAAAUCCACUCAUCAAGAGCUACCCGGCCAAAGGUGUCGUCCUUCAUUACCACUUUGCCAAACUGCAACUGAACUCGUUAUCCAUCCGAGGCCUGUCACCAUCAGCUAUCUUGUCCAUGGAACGUGUCGAAGCCGCAAACGUUGCGGUAUUCUCUGCCAUCGCUGCCAUCAGUCUGGUUCUGCGCGAACCCGACUUGAGGCAGGGUAUUGUCGGUAUGCCACUGUUCAAGCACACGAUGAUCACCUUUGCCGCUGUGUUUCUCCUGAAGGUCGCUUGGAAAUGGAGCGAAUCUGUGAAUAUCGACCCUACAUCGGUCCUGAAUCUUAUUCAAGAGGUGGUUGAUUUAAUGAAGGAAGUUACUGUCAGUCGUAGGCAUCUUGUCUAUCACGUUGCCAAUGGGCUUGCCGAGAGCAUUGAGAAGUUCCGGAAAAGAAUGCUGCCUGCAGCAUCCCCAUCAGUUCCGUUCCAACCAGGCACAAAUCCACUGAAGCACUCGCAAAUCUCUUCAAACCAACAGUCUACUGAUCUCUUCACUGAUUUUGUGAUUGGCGAUGGUCUUGAUUUUGAAGACGGCUGGCUGUUCCCUUCAUCUAUGGAAGUUUUCUUGGGUUUCAACAGAAGCAUUAAGACGCACAGAGUCUGCAUUCAUUUAUGGGAAAACCAUGAUAGUCUUAUAAUGACUACAAUCGUCUUCUCUUUGCAGGUCUUUCCUUCGACUUCGGCGAAGGCACCCACUCGUCUUCUGGGUCAUCAUCGCCUAAGCCCACAAACGGGCGGAUGUACUUUUCUUCUUCAUCGUCAUCAUCGUCAUCAUCGUCAUCAUCGUCAUCGUCGUCAUCUUCGUCCUCUUCCUCUUCCUCUUCCUCUUCAUCCUUGUCUUCAUCCUCUUCAUUCUCCUCGUCCUCCUCCUUUUUUGGAGGGGCUCUGCGCCCUUGUGGCUGCGGUCUCUUCAUUACAAUGAGGACGGUCGGACUUCUUCUGCGAGGAGGGCGACUCGCACGUGAUGGUGUGGUGGCGGUUGUUGCUGUUGAUGUUGUUGUUGUUGCUAUUGUUGCUGUUGUUGCUGUUGUUGCUGUUGUUGUUGAGAUGGCAAUCUGCCUCAUUGAAGCAGGAGUUCUCGUCGUCAACUUUGAAGAGGAGGAGGUCGUUGUCGUCG